AUGGCCACGAGCAUUCUCAACUUAGGGCAGAUCGAGGCAUUCGACACGGAAGGUGCGCCGGCCAGUCUUGCUCAGAGAUGGGAAAAAUGGCGGCAACGCUUCAUGCUGUACCUUGCUGCUACUGGCGUUACGAAGCCUGCCCAAAAGAGGGCGCUGUUGCUUCACUGUGCAGGGCCAACCUGCAUUGACAUUUUUGAGACAUUGCCAAAUACUGGGACUGAUAGUGACUUUCAGCCAGCCUUGGAGGCACUCAAUACGUACUUUGAGGGCAAGAAGAAUGUGACAUUCGAACGCCAUGUGUUUCGGGCAGCUGCACAAGGAGAAGGAGAGGCCAUGUGUGCCUAUGUCAGUAGGUUGAGGAAAUUUUCGAAAACCUGUGAGUAUGGGGCGCUUCAGGAUGAUAUGAUCCGCGAUCAGGUGAUCGAUAAGUGCACGUCGAAUAAGUUCCGCCGUAGAUUUCUUCGUGAACAGAACUUGACUCUUGAUAAACUCUGUGAACUCGCGAGUGCCAUGGAGGCAGUGGAGGACCAGGCCACGAAGAUCAAAGGAUCGGAGUCUACGUCGGGUCGUAUGGACACGGUCAACAAAGUGGAUUCGAACAGCCAGCAGCCACAGAUAGGUUGUCGUGCUGCCGGUAGAGGUCGUGUUAAGGGCGGCCUGAACGCGAAACUGAGAUACACUAGUAAGAAGCUGUACGCAUAUCAGUCUGAUGAACCAUUAGAGAUCAAGGGAGUGUUCGCAGCAGACAUCUGUCUCGCAGACGGCAAGGUGUCAAAGCACGCUGAGUUUGUUGUGCUCAACGGAAAAGGGUGUGCGUUACUGGGACGUGACACCGCGAUUAAACUCGGGGUUCUGUGUUUGAAGAACCAGGUCAACGCUGUGGACAGUGAGGCUAUUGGUAAGCCUGAUGAUUUGUACGUACAGAAACUGUUGUCUAAACACAGUGCAUGUUUCAGUGGUCUAGGAAAGUUGAAGGACUACCAAGUGAAACUUCACAUUGAUCCUAGUGUGACACCGAUUGCGCAGAGACAGAGGAAAAUCCCGUACAGUCAGUGGAAGGCUGUCGAGAAGAGGUUGAAAGAGUUGGAGGACUUAGAUGUGAUAGAACGCGUUGAAGGGCCAACGUCAUGGGUGUCAGCGCCAGUGAUUGUGCCAAAGCGGAACGGUGAAAUCCGGUUAUGCAUCGACAUGCGGAUGGCUAACAAGGCCAUUAUUCGCGAGCGUCAUCCGAUCCCGACGAUAGAUGAUGUGCUGCAUGAUCUGAACGGUGCUAAAGUGUUCUCCAAGAUUGAUCUUAGGUGGGGCUACCACCAGAUAGAGCUCCACCCAGAGUCUCGAGACAUUACAACGUUCAGUGUCCUCGACAAGCUGUAUCGAUAUAAACGUUUGAUGUUCGGAAUAACAUCGGCUCCGGAGGUGUAUCAACACAUCAUCCAUGAGGUUCUCGCGACGUGCGGGAAAGUGAAGAACAUUUCGGACGAUCUGAUAGUGUACGGUGAUGAUGAUGCCGAUCAUGACAAGUACUUGGACAAAGUACUGACUAAACUAGUAGAGAAUGGGUUGACAGCAAAUCUACCCAAGUGUCUGUUCAGGAUGAGAAAGCUAGUGUUCUACGGUCAUGUGUUGUCGGAUUACGGAAUUGCGCUAGAACAAGCCAAGAUUUCCGCAGUGGUCAGUGCGAGAGAGCCGGUGACUCCAGCUGAAGUUCUUGUCGAACUUGAUGAUGGUACAGAGUCCAGGUUUCACUGCCGUACAUCAGAAGUGGCAUAA